AUGUCUCGUUCUAGCUUCGAAAGCUCUUUUUCCCAAUAUGUCUCGGGUCAUAGGCGGUUUCCGUCAUCCGACAGUGUCGCUAACCUCUCCGUCCGUUCCAGGAGUCGAACACUUUCUUUCCGAUCCAGGAAUUCGGCCAGAGGCUCGGGGUCGUCAACAACCGGCAAGCCAGGCCUCUCAUUUAGCUCCCUUCGAGGCACAGUCCAGCCAGAACUGUCCCGAAAGCUGUUCAAACUCAUCAAGUCAGAGAACAACCUAGUAUCUGCCCAUGAAACAGCCGGCCGUGAACGAGUAUCCAUCGCCCAGCAGCUCUCAGAAUGGGGCGAGCACACUGGCGACGAUGCUAUCAACGACAUCUCAGACAAGAUCGGUGUCAUCUUGAGCGAGAUGGGUGAGCAGGAAGACACCUACGCUCAUGCAAUUGAUGACUCGCGAGGAAUUCUCAAAACGAUUCGCAAUACGGAGAAGAGCGUUCAGCCUAGCCGUGACGGCAAGUCGAAAGUCGCCGACGAAAUCCAGAAACUGAAGUUGAAGGAGCCGGAGAGUCCGCGCCUGGUUGUGCUGGAACAAGAACUUAUUAGGGCUGAGGCAGAGAACCUGGUCGCCGAGGCACAGUUGACAAAUAUUACCCGCCAAAAACUCAAGGAAGCAUACGCUGCUGAAUUCGCAGCCACCAUUGAACGUGCCGAGAAGCAAAUCAUUUUGGCUAAGCAUGGACGCCGCCUUCUGAGCCUUCUCGACGACUCACCUGUGGUACCUGGAGACGUCAGGGUAGCUUAUAGUGACGCAGCACAGGCUCGACAGAUUCUCAAUGACGCUGAAGACGACCUCCGAGAUUGGCAGCCAGAGGCGGAGGGUGGUUUUGCUACACCACCCAUACAGAGCCCAACUUCAGCCUCCGUAAAGGGGAAGUCUAAGGAAUCUGAGGCUGGGGAUGCUGAAUCCAUCCACACUGAGCCCAAGGCACCAGCGAUUGCCGAAAGUUCCCAAACCACUGAAGUCGCUGGCUAA